AGGAAUAACGAAGCACUCAUGCGAAGUCUGCGCCGGCGUGUACAGCGGCGUGGGGACCCGACGUCGCGGAACUUACCGUGGGGCGACAACGCGUCCGUCCACUCGCUCUCUCCGCGCAGCGACAAGCUGGCGACUUUUGAUCUUCGGGAAUUAGACUCGGGUGGGAGCGCUUUAAAAGCCACGCAAUGCAGCGGACCAGUAAGAGGUUGGAUCCAGCCUCUUCUCUGCAUCAGUCUCCUUGCUCUUCUGCUUCUACCUCUAUCUCUUUCCUGUGACAGCGAAAGGCCGCACAAAGAACUUCAAGAGGAGUACAAGCUGGUCGUUGAAACGGAUAUCAACAACGCGAAUGAGAAUAUUGCAAACUUACUGCAAAACUCUUCCUGCCCAGCCCUGAAACACAAGUUACAUAACUGCACGGCAGACAUCAGAGAAUUUGUGAGCUCCCUGCACCUCCUAACCUGCAAAAUGAAGAAAUUAAGAAUAUCGCACACAGACGGACUGGUCAGGUCUGUUCUAAACUCAUUACGAUGCCCCUGUCUCGAGAAACCGACCAAAGAACCCACCGUCAGGUUGAAGAAGAGGACAGCAACGAGACAUAGAAGAAACCAGCGCAAAACAAGGAGGGACAGAAAAAAACUUUGCAGAUCCAAGGCAAUCCUGUUUGCCAUGACCAGAUGCUACCAGAUCCUGAACUCAAUGCUAAUGGCCUCCUGAGUCCAAACUCGAGUUCAUUGUGAUGCAAAGAAGUUGCACGCCCUUUUCCUCUUGCUACGCAGUGCUUCUCUGGAUUGUACGAGAGGAAACUUUGACUUCAUUUAUGCCGUGUCCUGUAUCCUGAAAAGUAGCAGUAUAUCUCUCUAGCAGCUGUUUCGGAUGUUGUGUGACUGUUGACUUCAGAUGGGUUUCCGAGGCACUAUCUAUUAAGCUAUCUGGAAAAGAUUCUCCAAAGGUCGUGGACAGUUUAGUGGACUCAUUGUACAGUGGAAAGUCCUUGAGAUGUGACAAAAAGUGUGCGUUGAACAGCACAAAGAAGGUCUAACAUGGCGGAAGAUGUAUUCAAAUGUUAAUCAUAAUGUAGCGCUACACACUUUUAAAAGAAAUGUUUUGUAAAUGCUUUGACAUUUAGUUGCACUAAGCAUUGAGAGCAUGAACAGGAAAUAUUAAGUUGCUUUAAUAUUUUUACUUUUAGUUUGGAACAGAGCAAGUGGCCUUGGCACAUUUUUCCCUGGGGAGUUGUUCUAGGCUUUGUGUCAAGUCAUUAAUACUCUUACAAUAUUGUGUUGAUUCACGAUACGAAGAUUGACAGGUUAAAAGCAUAUCCUGCCACAGAUGGCCGAGUUCCCCACACCCACACACACAGUGCUGGGAUACAUCUAACCAGCUUUCCUGUCAUUUGAUUGAUAAAGCUUUGAUUAAUGAUGGUUGCCUGCCUGAUUAAUCCUACAAGGAUUGUCCUGGAGAUUUGGAGGCCAAAUGUGUGGUUUUAUAUCACUUUCCUAUAAUCCCAUUUCUGCAUGGAAAGCUUUUGUACCAGAAGCUGUUUUAUGAUCUUGUCACUGACCAUUCACAACAUUAUCACGUAACUACUUGUUUGGUAUAUUCUUAUAAAAUAUAUUUUUUGGGAAA